ACGGUCUCGCUCUCAUACCAUACCCGUCAGAACCGGUUAUCCACCAGGGUUCUGGCGCUUCGCAGUCUUUCCCUCGUUCUCCUGCUUUUCGAUACUUCUCUGGUCCUACCCGUACCUCCCGAUUCUUAUUAUUAGUACUGUACAGACGCCCGUACUCCGUCGUCACUGACGUUCGGUAUCUUCCCCCUUCCUCUCAUCUUCCUCCUCUCAUCUUCUACUCGAUCUCCAUCUCUCCUCCCACUCUCACCUUCACCUUCGUUUCUUUUCUUCCGCUGUGCGAGGAAUACCCUCAGAGUUUCAGUACCGGCUGGUCCAGUGGUCUCUGUCAUCUUUCUUUACUGUCUUUCUCUUUGUCGUUCCUGACAAGUUUCCCCCCCCAAAAAUAACAAGAGGCCGGCUCCUCUUAUUCCACCACUACCACCCGGUAAUCGCGUGUGCUUAUUGCCGUCGGCUGUCCGAAAAGAUCUCCAUCUACCGACAUAUCGAUCUAUAUACUAUCAUUUGGAUCUUCAAUUCACAGCAUCGCAAUCGCGCCCGUUAUCUGCUGAUCGCCUCGACGUUGAUCCCUCCCCCCUCAUUGCGCCUGGCUGAUCCGACCCGCCCUAUCGAAUCAUUUUCAACGAGUACAUGCACCAUGUAUCCUCAACACGGUGCCCCAAUGGCACCUCCUCCCCAGAAGCCCGAGACGUUCAUGCUAUCAACUGAAGCUCAACAAAGCCUCCCGCACGAUGCGCAAGUCGCCCUGCAGCAAGUGGAUAAUCUAAAAUACUUCCUCCUCUCGGCGCCAGUCGACUGGCAGCCCGACCAGCUGAUUCGCCGCUUCCUUCUGCCGACCGGCGAUUAUGUAUCCUGCGUUCUCUGGAGCAACCUCUUCCACAUCUCGGGAACCGAUAUCGUACGAUGCCUUGCCUUCCGAUUCCAAGCCUUUGGUCGACCUGUGAAGAACUCCAAGAAAUUCGAGGAGGGUAUUUUUUCCGAUCUGCGAAAUCUUAAGGCCGGAACCGAUGCAACUCUAGAGGAGCCCAAGAGCGCAUUCCUGGAUUUCCUGUACAAGAACAACUGCAUCCGUACUCAGAAGAAGCAGAAGGUUUUCUACUGGUACAGCGUUCCCCACGACCGAUUGUUCCUCGACGCGCUCGAGCGAGAUCUCAAACGCGAGAAGAUGAACCAGGAGGCUACCACGGUCGCCGUGAGCGAGCCGGCCUUGUCUUUCGAGUUUGACUCGUCCCAGUCCUUGUAUGAGCAGUUGACCAAGGCGCAACAAGCGAAUACAUCCUCGUUUGCUGCCGCUGCUCACGCCCACGCAAGUACGACAUAUGGCCAGCCCAGUUCCCCCGUGGUUCGGACCGUUGACGCAAUGCCUCCUCCCCAGAUGGCUCCCCCAGCGAUCCCACUCCUGCAGGACGACCAUGGCAAUCCGACGAUGUACGGCAAUCCCCAGAUGCCACUUUCGAACAAUCUAGUCCAGAGCAUCAUUAAGCGCGAACAAGAUUACGGGCACAUCCAAUAUGAUCGUAAUGGAAUGCCCCUCGCCCGCAUCCACCAGCGCCAUUCGUCCAUGCCUACCUUUUACGAGUACUCACCCGCCCCGUCUUUCGUCUCUUCCCAAUAUGAGGAUUACAGCAACCGUGGUCUGUCCUUUGAACCGGUGACCCCACCGCAACAUUCGGUCGGCUUGGGUGCUGAGCCCGCGUAUAUCGCUAAUGAGGAUACGGGUCUGUACACUGCGAUUCCGGAUCUCUCCAACGCCGCGCCGUAUAAUCCCAUGAUGCAGCUUCCGCCAUCGAAUUUCGCCGCCGGUCACUACCCUGGCGCUUCUCGAUCCUUUUCGUCCAAUGCCUACUCCGUCAUCGAGGGCUCUCCGACUUACAAGCAGCGAAGGCGGCGACCUUCUAUCACCCCAGGCCCUGCCAUUGGUACCCCUGGGGCUGCUAAUGGGUCUCAAGUUGCCCCCUCCCAACCUCCGCCUUAUGCCGCACACCGCCCCAGCGAUCUUCGACGAUCCGUGUCUAGCUCCGUGGCCCCAGUUGCGGAGAGCGAGGAGUCUGGACAUGAUCUAUCUCGAACAUACCCAAGCGCCAUGCUUCCUCGGAAGGACUUGUUGCAGGAAAUCUCACGUCAUGGAACCCCGCUCCAGCAUGUAGAGGAGUCCGUUGAUCAACACGCAGUGCCAAUCAGCAACCCCCCAGAUGAUCUGACAGCGCUCCCUACUAGUGCAGCUAUUGAAACAACGGUUCAAAACAGCACUGGCCGGUCAGACCGUGCGGGUCCCGGUCCUGCACGUCGUGCCAGGAGUGCGACCAUGAUGGAGCUUGGACCGUACCCCCAGAAAUCUCACUCGUGCCCAAUCCCGUCCUGUGGGCGACUCUUCAAGAGAUUAGAGCACCUGAAGAGGCAUGUGCGUACCCACACGCAAGAGCGACCUUACCCCUGUCCAUACUGCAGCAAAGCUUUCUCUCGCUCCGACAACCUUGCACAGCAUCGUCGCAUCCACGAGGCCCAACAAGAUGGUCACGCACCUAUUACCAAUGAGGAUGACUUGGAGAAUGAUGGUCAAGAGUUCGAAUCUGCCGGAGAGGACUCGCCGCCGCCUGCACACCACGCCCCGCACACCAUGGUUCAGAUGCCCACGAUGACCUCGAUGGCGACAUCCAUGAGCAUGCCCACUAUGGUCCCUGCCCCGCAUCAGAUGAUUGCCCCGCAGCUUCUCCAGCAACAAAUGUAAGCCGGGUUUAGGUUUUGAGUCUCCCCGGUGUGGCUUCGUCGAUCUGGUCUGCAUACGCAUCUAGGCGUCUUGACUCCAGUAUUUUAAUUCCUUCACGGCCUUAUUUUUUUUUCGGCACCGCGACUAUUCCACCCGGGAUAUUCUAGCUCCUCAUCUAUGUUCAAUUUGUUGUGAUUUGUGGUUGAUGAUGUUGUUCGAUACUCAUCUCCAUAUGCUCAUCCCAUUUGCAUGACAUGCUUGUUAUUUUUCUUUGUUGCUCUCUCUCUCUCUCUCUCUGUGUGUGUGUGUGUGUGUGAUUUAUCCAUAUGGGGUUUAUGGCUGACUGCGCUAUGCUCUGGUUUUGCAACUUCCUGCGCUUGUAUUAUCGCCUUGCGAAUUUUAGCCUGCCUCACGGCACAGAACAUUGGAACCUGGCCUGGCAGGUACGGGCACGGGUGACUUGUGGGUGUGCACUCUUUUAUUAGGAAAGGACUUUUGGUGGAUUCAAGGGACGUUUUGUUAAGGGUUUUCUGGAAUAUCGGGUAUCUUCUAGGGAAAGUGGAAAUAUUUGUUUCUUGUCUCUAUUGUGUGUGAUUGUGAUUGUGGUUGUGGAUUAGUGCCGUUUUUGCUGCGGCUGGUUUAUACUAUAGACUUUUAACGAAUUGACUUGACAAAAAUUGGCAAAAAAGACA